UCCUCGCGAGAGCCGCCAAGACUCUGAGACCCCAGCCACAGGUUGAAAGCAUGGGUGCUAGCUGUUGCUAGCUAGUCUUGUAUGAUUGCGUGAUAAAACUACAAAAUUUAACAACUUUGCUAUUAAACUUGUUUAAUCGUUAUAGUGAUAUCUAAGGACCAGCUACAAGAUGAGUUUACUCGCCAAAAUAGCAGAAAUUGAGGCCGAGAUGGCUCGAACUCAGAAGAACAAGGCCACGUCUAACCACUUGGGGUUGCUCAAAGCUCGUCUGGCCAAGAUGAGGAGAGAACUUAUCACACCAAAGGGAGGCAGUGGAGGAGGCACAGGGGAAGGUUUUGAUGUGGCAAAAACAGGUGAUGCCCGUAUCGGGUUUGUAGGGUUCCCCUCAGUGGGCAAGUCUACUUUGCUAAGUAACCUGGCAGGGGUGUACUCUGAGGUGGCGGCCUAUGAGUUCACCACCCUCACCACAGUACCAGGAGUGAUCCGCUACAAGGGUGCCAAAAUACAGCUCCUGGAUCUCCCAGGUAUCAUCGAGGGGGCCAAAGAUGGCAAGGGUAGAGGACGACAGGUCAUCGCAGUGGCUCGAACAUGCAACCUGAUCCUCAUAGUGUUGGAUGUUCUAAAGCCUCUGGGCCACAAGAAGCUGAUUGAACACGAGCUGGAGGGCUUUGGAAUCCGCCUCAACAAGAAGCCGCCCAACAUCGGCUUCAAGAAGAAGGACAAAGGAGGCAUCAACUUCACUGUCACAUGUCCACAGAGUGAGCUGGACGGUGACGCAGUGAAGAGCAUCCUGGCCGAGUACAAGAUCCACAACGCUGACAUCACCCUGCGCAGUGACUCCACGGCUGAUGACCUCAUCGACGUGGUGGAGGGAAACCGAGUGUACAUCCCCUGCAUUUAUGUGCUCAACAAAAUUGACCAGAUCUCCAUUGAAGAGCUGGACAUCAUCUACAAGGUGCCCCACUGCGUGCCCAUCUCUGCCCACUCCCGCUGGAAUUUUGAUGACCUUCUGGAGAAGAUGUGGGACUACUUGCACCUAGUGCGCAUAUACACCAAACCCAAAGGCCAGCUUCCUGACUACACAUCUCCAGUUGUUCUACCUACUGAACAUACUGCAGUGGAGGACUUCUGUUUGAAGAUUCAUAAAAGCCUCCUCAAAGAAUUAAAAUAUGCUCUGGUGUGGGGUGCUUCAGUGAAACACAACCCCCAGAAGGUGGGAAAAGACCAUGUCAUGGAGGAUGAGGACGUUAUCCAGCUGGUGAAAAAGUAAAAAGACUCCUGAUUGCUUAAUUUUCUCAUCACAGGGAAUAGUCUGCUGCUCAUGAAGACCCCUCUCAAACAUAUCCACGAGAACAUCUGUGUCUUGUGGUUCUCAAUUUUAUUUUGGAAUUUGAAAACGGAAAAGAAAAAAUAUGAAUGUCCAUGUUGCGUUUACCUCCCAUUUAUGCCGACAUGUGAUUCAUUAAAUCCAUCGAAGAGUAUUAUCCUUGACUCUCAAAAAUAUCAAAUAAACACCAUAAAUAUGACUUA